AGUCAUCCGGUCGUCUAGGUAACGGAGUGGAAAGGCGCAAGGCUGGGUCAGCAUCGGCAGGUGCCUGAGUCUAGGUGCGGAGACUGCGGCGGCGGCUUCGCCCUCUCUCCCCGGCCGCACCGAGUCCACGGCUGCAGAUGGGAGACCAGGGCAUGGAAGAUGUGGGCGGGCCGGGGCCAGGAGCCGGCGCAGGAGCUGUUCCGGGACGCCGCCUUCCCCGCCUCGGAGUCCUCGCUCUUUUUCAAUUUGUCCACGCCGCUGGCCCAGUUUCGGGAGGACAUCACAUGGAGGCGGCCCCAGGAAAUUUGCACUGCACCCCGGCUAUUUCCAGAUAACCCGUCCGAAGGGCAGGUGAAGCAAGGGCUGCUGGGCGACUGCUGGUUCCUAUGUGCCUGUGCUGCCCUGCAGAAGAGUCGGCACCUCCUGGAGCGGGUCUUCCCUCCAGGACAGCCGAGUUGGUCCGACCAGACAUACCGAGGCCUCUUCAUCUGUCGGAUCUGGCAGUUUGGACACUGGGAGGAGGUGACCAUAGAUGACCGUCUGCCUUGUCUUGCAGGGAGACUCUGCUUCUCCCGGUGCCAAAGAGAGGAUGUGUUCUGGCUUCCGUUACUGGAAAAGGUCUAUGCCAAGGUACAUGGGUCCUACGAACACCUGUGGGCAGGGCAGGUGGCCGAUGCCCUUGUGGACCUCACUGGAGGCCUGGCUGAAAGGUGGAACCUGAAGGACCUGGCUGGAGCAAAUGGACAGCAGGACAGGCCUGUGGCUGGUCAGGAGUGCAGGACGUGUCGGCAGAUGCUGCGUCUGAAGGACCGGUGUCUGAUCAGCUGCUCCGUGCUUAGCCCCAGAGCAGGUUCCAGGGUGCUGGGCGAGUUCCACGCCUUCAUCGUCUCCGACCUGCAAGAGCUCCAGAGUCGGGCAGGCCACGGCAUCCUCCUGCUGCGCAUUCUAAACCCCUGGGGCCGGCAUUGUUGGCAGGGUCGCUGGAGAGAGGGGGGCGAAGGGUGGAGCCAGCUAGAGCCUGCUGACAAGGCCCGGCUCCUGUCCUGGCUCCAGGACGGAGAAUUCUGGGUAGAGGAGGAGGAGUUCCUCAGGGAGUUUGAUGAGGUCACCAUCAGCUACCCGGUCACGGAGGCCGGCCACCUACAGAGCCUCUACACAGAGAAGAUGCUGUGCCAUGCACAGGCACUGCCUGGUGCCUGGGUCGAAGGACAGUCAGCAGGUGGCUGCCGGAACAACAGCUGCUUUCCCUCCAACCCCAAGUUCUGGCUGCGUCUGACCGAACCCAGUGAGGUGUGUGUAGCUGUCCUGCAGAGGCCCCAGGGACACCCAAGGGGCCGAGCCCGGGCAGCAGGGGGCCGAGGUCAUGCCCUGGCCAGUGCCCCCAGCAAGGAUUACCAGGCUGUGGGCCUGCACCUCUGGAAGGUGGAGAAGCGGCGGGUCAGCCUGCCGAGGGUCUUGUCUGCACCCCCUGUGGCUGGCACUGUGUGCCACGCUUAUGACCGAGAGGUGCACCUGCGCUGUGAGCUCUCCCCGGGCCACUACCUGGCUGUCCCCAGCACCUUCCUGAAGGAUGUGUCUGCACAGUUCCUGCUGCGGGUCUUCUCCACUGGGAAAGUGUCCCUCAGCAGUGCUGAGAGGCCAGCGGCCCCAAACACCCACCCCAGCACAGCCCUGCCUGCUGGAGAGGUGGAGACCGUGCAGCUGCAGGGCUGCUGGAAAGCCGGCCAGACUGCAGGGGGCAGCAGGAACUUCUCCUCCUACCCCUGCAACCCCUGCUUCCCUUUCCUGGUUCCUGAGGGUGCUGCUACCCGCUGUGUCCACAUCACCCUGCAGCAGCACUGCCGGCGCAGCGACAGCCAGCUUCAUCCCAUCGGCUUCCACGUCUUCCAGGUCCCAGAGGGUGGUGAGAGCCAGGACACGAAGUCCCUGCUGCUCCAGGAGCCACUGCUGAGCUGCGUGCCGCACUGCUAUGCCCAGGAGGUGAGCCGGCUCUGCCUGCUGGCCGCCGGCGCCUACAAAGUUGUGCCCUCCACCUACCUGCCCGAUGCUGAGGGCACCUUCACUGUGACCAUCGCUACCAGAGUGGACAGGCGCUCCUUCCACAGCCAGGAGGUGCUGGGCCACUUCCUCCAGGAGGUCUCCACUAUGGCAGUGAUGAAGACCUGACACUGCCCUGUGUGCCAGCUCCGGUGGCCAGGACAUCCAUCCUCGGUGCGUGGCUGCCGGUUCUGAGCCUAGUGCCUCAUCCCUGCAGAAUGGCUGGCUGCUGGGGCCAAGCGAGGCCCUGUCCUGAACAGGUGUGGCCCUGGGGCCAAGCAGGUGCUGCAGGAGGGGAGAGGGCUCCCAGCAGCGCCACUGCCUGCCGCCUGAGACCAGCUAGGUGCACAGCCCCCGGGCCUGAUACUCACAGGCCUCUGGAGUCUGGCCACCGCAGCUCUGUUGCCUGCAUAGCCCAUAACUGGGCAGGAGUAGGUUGUGGCAGAUGUUAUUUUAAACUAUUUAUUACUUGAAAUAUUUCCAGGAUGUGACUUUAUAAAUAAAUAAUCAUGAACAAUU